GCGCAUGCGUUGAGCAGUGGCUGCUGGGACCUCGGCAAGGCUUGGCUUUGGACUUUGCCUCAGCCUUUGGAAGCACUGGCGUCAAAGCGGUCGAGGCCCUGCUGCAGCAUCUUGGAACGCUUCACCAAACAGCUCCUUGGACGAGGCAUGCCCCCGGCAAAAGUUCCAAGAGCGUGGCUCUUCAGGGUACGGGGACUCUUCUUGCAGUCUGCCUUCACAGCAGCGAUGCGAGUCCUGAGCAGAUCAGCAUGGAGGGCGUUGGCAUUGGCCGGGGCACUGGCUCAAAGGUUGGAAGCGUCCAGCUCCUGCAUCUCCCGCUCAAGUUCCUCAGCAAGCGGCAGCAGGAAGAGCAUGGAUCACCAUUGGCAACGGCGUGGAGGCCCAAUGCCCAUCGCAGCCACGGAUGCAACAAGAGGCACAAUGCCAGCGCUAGCCUCAGCAGAUACGGUUGGAUUGCAAAAACCUUAACCUUUUGGUUUGAGGAACCCAUAAACAUCUAUAAACCACAAAAGGGAUGUGUAAAUCAGCAGGGAUGA